AUGGUAAUCAAUUGCGUAAUUUAUUGGAUAUUAUUGCAAUUUGUUUAUAGUUGUUCUGUAAGAUUGUUAUAUAAUCAUAGAAUAGAAACCAAUUGAUCUAAUAUUCUUAUAAUGUUGAAAAUUAACCAAAUAUCAUUCCUUUAGGAUUGCUUUUCAAUGGUUCUGCAUUACAAUUUAGCAUUGUUAAUAAUACCAUUAUACCAAAUUAUCAAAUAUUUUAGUCAGUCGAUUUAUUGAAAACUUACAAUAAUACAUUUACUGUUACCUAAGUAAUUUCAAAUUCUCAAUUCCCUAUAAUCUCUAAUACUUAAGUUAAUAUAUAAAUAAUUUUCCUAACAUUAACAAAUCCUUACAAUUAUUCAUUGUUCAUGACAACUUGGGAAUCCAAUUCCAUAAUUUCAAAUAACUAAUUCUUAGUAAGUUUUAAUUAUUAAAAUUGCAAUAAAAUUGUUCAUUUGAAUCAAAAUGAGAUUGUAAUUCUCUGUUAGAAUUAAUUAGUUUUGUAUAGCAUGAUAUCAAAAUUGAUAUAUAACACAUAAAUAGUUCUACCAACAUUUACAAUUAAUUACUAUUGGCUAAAGGCAAUUAAUGAUGGUAUUUAUUAUUAAUUAAUCUUAAGAUACUAUAUAUGUUUCUUUUUCUGAUGGAAUCUCUAAUUUUAUAUCCACUGGUUAUGUUAUUAAUAAUGAGCAUUUUGUACAAUCAAAUGUUAUAAAUUACAAUGGUAUAGUCACAGGAUUUGAAAUCUAUUCUAAUAACACGUAUUUUAUUUUGAGAAAUUCUAUACUGUCAUUUAUCAAUAAGAAUAGUCAAAUAAAUUGCAAUAUUACAUUCAGCUCUUAAUCUUUCAUGAGUAUCUUUUCAGGACUCAACAAAUUAGGAUAAGCUCAUUUCUAUAUUGGAAUAAUUAACGAAUCUACAUUAAUUCAAUUUAUUUAUAAUUCUGACAAUUCCUAAUUCUCUUAAACAUUUUAAUAAUCCUUUUUGUCCGCAAAUUUUAAUCAACAACCAAUCAUAUUUAAUGAUUAAUAUUACUUUGUAAUGUUAAAUGGAUAUUAAAUGUUUGUAUUUAAUGGAUAUGAAAAUAAGAAAAUUAAUAUCUCUCCCCUAUAUUACUAAAGAAUUCCUUAAUUAUCUUCAAUAUUGUAUAUUGCUUACUCAAAUUAAAUUUUAAUUUAAUCUCUGACUUAGACAUCUCUUAAUUAAAUAAAUCAACCUAUUUUGGUAUUUGAUAGCCCAAAAUUAAAUAUCUCAUAAAUCUUUAAUUAUACUAUUCAGGCAAAUGGAUCUCUUGAUUUAUUUGAUUAUUGUUAAUAGAAUUUCACACAAUAAUCAAUAUCCUUUACUUUCAAUCAAGUUCAAUAGUAUCAAAAUUGUUCUCAAAUCAAUGAAACAUUGUAUAAUCCACAAAUUAAACAAAUUGAUGUUGGAUAUUGUGCAUUGGGACCAAAUAUUACUUAUUCAGCUGGAACCUUUAUAAAUAUUGAAGGAUUAGGAAUUGAUACUUAAAUUGGAUAAUUUGCAGUCAAAGUUGAUGAAUUAUAACUCUUCUUUUAGGAGUUGUCUAUUUAUUAAAUCAAUUCUAUAUAUACAUUUUAGAGUUAUCCAAGAUAAUUUACAUAUUUUACAUAUUUAACAAAUCCAUUCAAUAGUAAACAAUACAUUUAACUAAUUUAAUUUAAUGAUUAUGAAGUAGAAUACUAAAUUUGUGAUAAAUGGAUAUGUUAAAAUACAACUGUUAUUAAUUUAGAUUAUUAGUUGACAAUGUCAUAAAUAGGGGUAGAUAUAAGUAAGAAAGAGAAUUAUAUAUUAUUGAUAACAAAUGCUGCAACUUCAUAUCAAUUGUGUAUUUAUUAAUUUUAGAACUUGCAACAAGUAGAUAUAUUAGUAUUAGAUGUUGCUAUAGAUUUGAAAAUUGAUCCAAACUUUUCAAUUUAAUAAAUAAUGCUAUCAGGCCCUUAUUUAUAUAUAAUUAUUGAUAAUCCAAAUUAAUUGGUCAUUUAUGACAUAUAUAAUUUUAAUUUAGUUGAGUUUAAUGCUACUAAUUUACAGCCAAGAAAGUUGGAAUAAAAUUAUGCCUCUUAUGCAGAUUAUAUCUUUUUGGACAACACAAUUAAUCUUGUCAUUUUUUAAAUGGUAAAUGGUUAAUUUACAAUUGGGACUACUAUUCCUUAUCCUAAUAAUACAAUUAAUGUAGCAAUAGGUUUACUCUAAAAUGGUGUAUAUAUUGCACUCUAUAGCAAUACAGGAGAAUCUUAAUUGUAUUAUUAUUCUAGAUAAUUUUUAUUUUAAAGAAUCAUUAAUACGUAAUAUAUUAUUUAAAUUCCCUUAUACAAUGCUUAAUUUAUUCAGCCUAUGAUAAGUUCUUUUAGCUAGUAAUACUUCUAUAUUUAAAUGUUGAUGCCAGAUAAUAGUAUUUAACUUUGUAUUUUUAAGUCAGAUUAUAAUUUGCUUUACUUAACUUAUUAUUUUACAGAGUAAUAUUAUUCAAUUAGUGUAAUUUCAGUAGAUACAUUAUAUAAUUAUGAUUUAAUUGGGUUUUAAUCUGUCUUAUAAUUUUCAAUCCUUUAAAACUAUUGGCAAGUUUCAGUAAUUUUAAACUCUGAAUUUUUGGUGCCUGGAAUUCAAUUGUUGAAGAAUACAUAAAUUAUGCUGACUUGUUCAAAUAAUUAUUUAAAAGACUAUGUAUUUUCAUUUCCAGUAUAAGUCAAUAAUCUGUAUUAUUAAAUCUAAAGAACAAAUGAAUAUUAUCAAACUGUGAAUUAGACUAAUGAAUAAUUUUAUAUUAUGGUAAAUCCUUUAGACUAUUUUUCAGGAUCCAUAAUAUAUUACAAUGUAAGAUCUAAAGGAAGAAACACUGCAUUUAUAAGUUAAUUUAUAAUUGAUUAAUAUAAUCAUUUUGAACCGACAAUAAAUAGUGCAGCUUAUUCACAAUAAAAUGGUUAAAUAUUUGCCAUAAAUAAUGAAUAUGCAGUUUUUUAUAAUAUUGGAGAAAACUAAACAGAGAUUUUGUAUGAAUACAAUAAUAAUCAAUAUACAAAUUGUCCCUUCAUAUUUGUAGAAUAUUAUGCUUAGUAACCAAUUUCAUUUUGUACAAAUAUUACAGAUACUUAUGCUUAUUUAGGUGCCUUUUGGAUCUAUUCAUUAAAAAAUCUAACAGGGACAGCAAUGCCUAAUUUAUUCAAUGCAUAUUAUCUGAAUUAUAUUUUGAUAAUGGGAUUCAAUUAAAAUUCUUUAUCGAAUUGUUUAAUAAUAAAUACUUACUAUGUUACUUGGAAGGUGGAUACAAUAGAAAUGAAUUUAAUUGAAUAGACAGAAAAUUGUGUUUAUUAACUCUUCACAUUUACGAUGUUGAAUAUCAAUACAAAUCCAUAAGAUUUAUUAGCACUUCAAUGUGCAGGUUGGAUUGGAAUCACAGAUGAUAUAUCUACUUUUCCAUUUCAUUACAAUUGUUUCAAUUUCUCAAAUCUAACAGAAGUAAAUAUCUAUACGCCAAAGUAACUUUUUAUAUAAUCUAUACUUUCUAAUUCAAUUUAAUUAGUUUAGAUUUCUUAAAUUGGAAACCCUGUUAUUUAUUCCAACUAUUCUGAAAUAACACUUUUAUUUGGUAGUCAAAAUAAUGCAUAUGCAUUUAUAGUUUUAGUUUAUUAAGAUAGUGUUAAAAUUGGAGAUUAAUUGCUUAUAUUUUAAUAAUUUAGUAAUCAAAAAGCCAUUUAAACAGUUAGUGGAUAUAAUAGUUAAGGUAAUUUGACAGUGAUUUCAAUGUUUUCUUAAUAAGUAGGAUCCCAAAUAUUUCAAACUUUAUGCAUGUAUUAACCAUUCAAUUUUAAUUUUACUGGAAAACUAAAAAUAAUAGAAUUUCUAUAUUGUCGAACUUUACAUUAUUCAGUACCAUAUACUCAGAAGUAUUCACCCUUUUUAUUUUUUAUGAUUCAAAAUUUGAUAUUAACCAAUUAACAUAUGCUUAUUAUUUCUCAAGAACUUUAAAUAUCUGUUUAUGCUUUACCUCACUCUGAAAGUUUUAUAUAUUUAAAUGCUUCAAAUUUUGACUCAUUUCAAAAUUUAACGAUAAAUAUCAUUUAAAUUGAUUUACAUCGUUCUUAUACUGGAUGGAUUUUAUUUUCUAUAUUGCUGGUACUAUCCAUAGCAAUAAUAUGGGGUUAUCAAUAUAUUAAGAGAUUACGUAAUGUUAAUACUGAUACUGAAAAUUAUAUUGAAUUAUGA